AUGACCCGCACGGACCCGCCGGACUUGCUGGUGUCGACCGUGUACCAGGACAUCAAGGUUGUGGCCCCAGGGCUCACGUCCAAAAGCCAGCCAUGUGAGCGAUCCAUGCCCCGGCCAGCUGCGCCCGCGCCUUUCAACAAGCGCCACUGCCGUAGUUUCGACUUCUUAGAGGCACUGGACGAGCCCACCAUGGAGACACACCCAGAGCCGCCACCUCCCGAGCCCGCACCACCGCGUGCCCGGCCCCGAGACAGCGAGCCUAGGCGCCGCACCCGUUCCAAGAGCGCGCCCCGUGGGCCCCAUGGCCUGGCACCUGCUCCGGCUUCACCGCCAGUACUGCAGCGCAGAGGCCGGGAGGUCCAGCGUUCGGUGCGGUUGGAGGGGUCGCCGCACAAGGAGCCCUCGUACCCUGCCCUACGGGCUCUCGCCAAUGAGCUGCAUCCCAUCAAGCUCCAGCCACAGCGUGGCGGCCCCGGACGCAUCGCACCUCUAUGCGCCACCCCAGGCCGCUGUGCACCACCCGAACUACCCACAGGACCCGUCCCCCAUGUCCGCUGCCGUUUGGACAUCAAGCCUGACGAGGCAGUGCUGCAGCACGCCGCCCGAAGCUCGCGAUCUUGCGCGCCCAGCGAGGCGGCGCCCUGGGCUCGCACCAUCCCACAGUUCCAUGGCCUCACAAUUCCAGGCCCCCGCCAUGUGGCCCUGUCACGCACUCCCACUCCUAGUGACUUGUACUGUACUGACCCCAGAGCAGUCUACUGCGACGGGCCGUUGCCUGGGUCCCGGGACUAUUUGGAGCACCGCAGUCAACCCUUUGCAACGCCCCCAGGUCCCACCCAAUUUUUCUACACCGAGGAACCUGAGGGCUACACAGGCAGUUUUACCACAAGCCCAGGCCUUCCCUUUGAUGGCUACUGCUCCAGGCCCUACUUGACCGAAGAAGCCCCCAGACCCAGUCCAAGGCGUGGGGGCGGCUACUAUGCUGGGGAAGUACGUACUUUCCCGAUCCAGGAGCCCCCCUCCCGUUCCUACUACGGGGAGGCUCCUCGAGCCUACGGAAUGCCUUUCGUCCCCCGGUAUGCCCCAGAAGAGUCCCGGGCACACCCCAGUGCCCGCACCUUCUACACAGAGGACUAUGGGAGGUUCCGUGAACGCAACGUAAUGGCCCGCACUUACCCACAUCCCCGCAGCAGUUCAGCCUGGGCUGAUUGGGGUCCAAGGCCUUACCGCACCCUUCAGGUGGUGCCUCCUCCCGCCCCUGGACCACUGUUGGCCUCGUGGCACGGUGGCACCGGCACAAGCCCGCCCCGGCUGGUGACUGAUAGCCGCCACUACUCUCGAUCCUGGGACAACAUCCUGGCUCCUGGUCCUCGUCGUGAAGACCCUCUAGGACGCGGCCGCAGCUAUGAGAACCUGCUGGGACGCGAGGUUCGGGAUACACGGGGUUCAUCCCCAGAAGGCCGGCGUCCACCAGUCGUAGUGAACCUAUCCACCUCACCCAGACGCUAUGCAGCACUGUCGCUGUCCGAGACGUCACUUACAGAAAAGGGCCGUGGUGGGGAAAGCCUGGGCCGCAACUGGUACAUCACUCCGGAGAUCACCAUCACGGACAAUGACCUGCGUUCAGUAGAGCGCCCGACGGGCCGGGGCUGGGAACUGCCUGGAGGCCGACAGCGGCAGCCCGCACCCAAGGUCCCUGAGGGCCCUGCCUCCAGCCGCCAGCGCAGCCUCGAGCAGCUGGACGAGCUCAUCACCGACCUGGUCAUCGACUCACGGCCACCAGGCCAGGCCCCGGAGCCUGCCACCGAAGGUUUAGGCCGCCAACUGCGCCGCCUGCUGGACUCACGAUCUGCGGGCCCUGGAGGAGCAACCGCGCUGGCUCCGUCGCGCUCACCCCCGGCCUCGGCAGGCAGCACCGAGGAGCCCACCGGCUCGGGGGAGGCAGCCGACGCUUCCCCGGAGCCCAGCGCCGACGAGGAUGACUUGAUGACCUGCUCCAACGCGCGCUGUCGACGAACAGAGACCAUGUUCAAUGCCUGCCUCUACUUCAAGUCAUGCCACAGCUGCUAUACCUACUACUGCUCGCGGCUGUGCCGCCGAGAGGACUGGGAUGCGCACAAAGCGCAUUGCGUGUAUGGCCGCGUGGGCAGCGUGUGCCGCCACGUGCUGCAGUUCUGCCGCGACAGCAGCCCAGUGCAUCGCGCCUUCUCCCGGAUAGCGCGCGUCGGAUUCCUGUCGCGCGGCCGUGGUGUGCUGUUCUUGGGCUUCCCAAGCCCAGGCUCUGCCGACAACUUCCUCCGCUUCGGCCUCGAAGGGCUACUGCUAUCGCCCACCUACCUAUCACUGCGUGAGCUGGCUACACAUGCGGCGCCCCUGGGUAGCUAUGCACGAGAGUUGGCGGCGGCCGGGAGGCUCUAUGAGCCCGCGGAGUGCUUCCUGCUUAGUGUGUCGGUGGCCGUGGGCCCUGGAGCUGCACCCCCCGGAGCCGCUGCCCGUCCAGCGCCACGCAGCCCUGGCCCCACAGUGCGCAAGUUUGCCAAGGUGGCUCUGGCCGCCGGCAGCCCGACGCGGCCUCCUCCUGCGCGUGGUGGAGAGCCAGACAUGGAAACACUGAUCCUAACGCCACCUCCAGGCACUGCGGGCCUGGACCAGGAGGGUGAGGCUGGCCGGCGCGCACGUGAAGUGGCCUUCAUCCACAUCCAGCGUGAACUGCGACUGCGCGGCGUCUUCCUCCGCCACGAAUUCCCAAGCGUCUACGAGCAGCUCUGCGAGUUCGUCGAGGCUAACCGGCGCUUCACACCCACCACCAUCUAUCCCAUCGAUCGGCGCACUGGCCGCCCCUUCAUGUGCAUGAUCAUGGCUGCUUCCGAGCCGCGUGCACUCGACUGGGUAGCCAGCGCCAAUCUGCUAGAUGACAUCAUGUGA